ACUAGACAAGAGAAGAGCGCAGCGGGAGGCGCAGGUCAGACAGACACGCAGCUCAUCCUGAGCUCUCCAGAACGGAGAGAUGUUUACCAUGAAGCCAUCAAAAGGAAACGGGGAAUAAACCCAUCAGCUGGAAUAUAUUUUUUUCAUUAUUGAUUUGUUUUCUUUUUUUCUAAUUUGUAUUUUUGAUGUCGAGGACUAGAGAGCAUUCCAAACAAACAUACGUUUACCUCACUUUAUCUCUCCUCCACUUUUCGUUCCCUCCCGUUAUAUAUCAAAAGCACCCCGCGUAAAGGACUGAUAGACAUGUGGUGGAAAGUGGGGCUCGUGCUGGUGAUGUGCUCGGGUCUCACGAGCAGCGAAGCCCGAGAGGAGCACCGGGAUUCGUCUCCGCGCAGCAUGAUGCUGAGAGUGCCGGUCGAAACGUUGGACUUUGGCUUCGUGCCGUCUGUGGUGUACGAAACGCACGCAUAUUACGAACCGGGUCCCAUCGGCGUUCUUUUCCACGUGGUCCACGCGUUUCUGUACGUGGUUCAACCCAACCCUUUCCCGAAAGAUCUCAUUGUUAAAAUGGUCCAGCAGAACAUGGGAGGAAUCAAAGGGAAUGAUUACAAAAAGCCAGAGAAUGUUGUAUUAUUUCUACAGGCUAUCUUCUAUGAGCUCGGCUUCAUAGUCCUGACAGUACUGGGGGUGAUAUUUGUGCUGUUCAUGCCGAUAGUGGGCUUGUGUUUCUGUGUGUGCCGCUGCUGUGAGAACUGUGGGGGUGAGAUGCAUCAGAGACAGAAGAAGAACGGCGACUGCCUACGAGGCUUCUACAUGGCCACACUCAUCGCUACCUCUGUCUUCCUCGCAGUGGGAGUGACGGUCGCCUGUGCAGCAAAUCAGAACAUCACAAAUCAGAUCAAGAGCACUAGGCACUUAGUCAGCACUAACAUAAGAGACCUGAAAUCUUUUGCCAAUUACACACCAGCGCAAAUAGACUACCUGUCUGCACAGUACAUAACAGCCAAGAACAAAGUAUUAUCAGACUUAGACAAUAUUGGGACUCUGCUGGGAGGACAGAUUCAUAAUCAUCUGGAGAGAGAAGUGGUGCCUGCUUUAGACAAUGCUCUUCGCAUGACAGCAGUUAAAGUGGAGGGUGCUAUUAAAGCCAUGCGGGAGGCCAAAGAGGCGUUAGAGAGUGUGACCACAUCACUGGAGAUCAUGCAGGAAGGGACAGGCAGACUCCAGAACUCUCUUCAGUCUGAACGUGCGUCUCUCUCAAACACACUCAACGACCCGGCCUGCUCUAAUGGAGAUGUAACACACACCUGCAAUACCAUCCGCGGAACACUCAGCCAGCUCGCUCUCAGCGCAAACUUUCAUGGGUUGCCUGAUGUUGAGGCACCUUUGGCCAGUCUGGAUGCUGUGCUUAAAACAGACCUCAGCAAUAUUGUACAGAAGGGCUACUCUUCCUUUAAUGACACACCAAGGUUGGUCAGCGAACAGACAAAAGAAAUUGUGUCGGCUCUACCCAAAGUGAAAGGGCUGCUCGAUAAGUCUGGUGGAGAGAUAAUUGGCUUCACAAAGAUGUUCCCGUUAGAACCAGCACUUGAGAACUUCACAAAGUUCCUGACGGAGAGCCAGAAGAACAUUGAAGCGUACUAUCCACAGAUCGACCAGCUGGACUUCUACAGAUGGAUAGGGUGUGUGGUGUUUUGCUGUAUGGUUGUGUUGGUUCUGGCCUUUAAUUUCCUGGGUCUGCUGUGUGGAUCAUGUGGCUAUGAUAAAAAUGCUACACCCACAACACGUGGCUGUCUGUCCAACACCGGAGGAAACCUACUGAUGGCUUCUGUUGGCUUCAGUUUCAUCUUCUCCUGGGUGCUCAUGGGAGUUGUCGUCACCACAUUUGUUGUUGGGGGAAACAUAGAGAAGCUUGUGUGUGAGCCGCUGGCUAACAGACAGAUUUUUAAGAUCAUCGACACACCAUAUAUGGUACAUCCUGCCAAAAAGAACUUCCUUCCUGGUAUGCUGUUUCAAGACCCAAACAUCGACCUUACUAUUGGCAGUAUGUACAGAGAUUGUUAUGAGAAUAAUGGUUUAUAUUCUGCACUACAACUGGAGACUAAGUUCAACUUCAACAAGUUUCUCAAUGCCACAGUGUAUAACCCGGAACUGACCAAGAUAUUUAACAGUGUGAAUGUGGAUCUCCAGGGGAUGUUUCUUCUGGAACAGGAGGGCAAAGAUAACCUCAUUGACUUUGCCAACACAGGCAUUGGAGAUAUCGACUAUCAGGCUUAUCUAACUGAGGUGAAUAAAGGAGUGACAGUUGUGGAUCUUUUGUCCUAUGCAAAUGAACUUGAAGCUCAAGCAGACCAACUGCCACGAGGGGCUCUUGAGAAUGCGCUUAAGGGUCAUGCCAGCAGUAUAAGACAAAUCCACAAAGAAAAAGUGGUGCCAAUGGAACAGGCUAUGAAAUUUGUGAAAGCAAGGGGUACUCUAAGUCAAAGCAUUAAACUGCUUCAGAAAACAUCCAGAGAACUACCUAUUAAAGUGACAAAUGUCUUGAAUGCCAUCGAGGCAGUAGAGUACCUCAUCGCUAACAAUGCCUCACAUGUGGUCAAACAGGGGACUGAUAAAUUCAUUAAGAACAUUGUGGGAUAUUUUUCACAAUAUACGGAGUGGGUCAAGCACUCUCUGGAAAUGGAGAUCGCCCAGUGCAAGCCCAUCAGCAACAUCAUAGACUCACUAGAGAUCAUAGCCUGCAGCUUCAUCGUUGACUCAGUGAACACAUUCUGGUUUGGUCUGGGAGGAUGCUGUUUGUUACUCAUUCCCAGCAUCAUCAUGUCGGUAAAACUCGGCAAAUUCUACCGCAGGAUGGACACUGAAGACGUGUAUGAUGAUAGUAUGGAUGUUGUUGUAAGUGGUUAUCAUAAUGAGUCUUUAUAUGGCAUAAACAACCCCGUGAUGAGCAGCUAUCCAUCCUAUGACACAAUGAGGUGGUAUCCUCGGGCCUCAGCCCCCCCAAGACAGCCUGACUGGUGACACAAAUUCACACACACAAACACACUUUCACACGGGGUAUGCAACCGUAUAUGCAUCCUACAGUGGUACUGAGAACUGGAACUAAAGAGAGUUUAGCAGUCAGGGAUUGUCAUUCUUAAUUAAGAUUCUGAGGACGACAACCGAAGACGGAAAAAAUGGAAUAUAAUCAGUGAAAAUUGAAUUAAUAACAGUUUAUUCCAGUUUCUAACAACAAUACAUACUUAGACCUUAAUCAUACAUGGUAAACAGCAAUGUGUUCUUUUUAUACACUUUCAAGUUUUGUAUGUAUUUUGUUAAUAUCUGUUUUAUAAAAUGUCCUUUAGACAAUUGUGGGUACAUCUAGAUUUUGUAUUGGUCUUUUUAUCAUUUGAUAUAAAAGGGCAAGAAAGGUCUGUGAUGUCAGUCUGUGCACUGUGAUAUUGUCUUGUCAGUUAUUGAUCAUGAAACCAUGAAAUGGUGUUUCUGAACCAAACAUCUCAAGUCUGAAGGUCAAAGCAGUUUCUGAAGUAUUUACAGUAGAAAGUGAAGUUCUUCAUUUAUCAAUUUAUCUUUUCAGUUCUUCUGUGAAAUGUUACUUUUUUGUACAUUUUGUUGUUCAAUGAAUGAAUCAAGUAUUAGUUUCAGAAAGGUCUCUUAGUAAGAGGAAAUUUGAUAACUACGUUGGAUGCACUGGAAAAGGCUCAAUGUCCUAAAAGACUGAUUGAUCCUCUAUGUUUAAAAUAUCAGUACUUUUGAUACAAUACAAUAAUUACAUCACUAAAAACAAAUGACUAUUAUAGAUCAAUUAAUUUUUUUGUGUCUUGUUCUUGUCUUUCUGUUUUCUUCUUUUGAGUGUCUUACGUAUUUGAUUUUCUUUUUGUGUCUACUUCAAUACAAGAAACUGAAAAAAGCUUAAUAUGUUUAGUUUGUAAUGUACUGUAAUUUCUUAAAAUGCAGGUAUCAGUACAGCAUACAGUGGUCAUACAAUUCCACAUAGUCCUCUAUUGUAUAAACCAAAGGUUUUUCUCAUACGCCAAAAAAGGUUGUGAAUGAAAUUUAAACUAAAUUCCAAAUCCGUUACCGAUACCCACAAAUCUCUCUCAUGGCCUACUGUGUGCCACUGUAUGCACAUGUUCUUUGGCAGUUGUACAGUACAGAUCCCCAGGGUCUUGUUGUCACCGAUAUUAUGAGACUCAAAGGCACUUGUACCAAGUGUUUUGGAUUUUUACAAUGUUAAUCCCACUGGAACUUGGAGGUUGUGUUACAAUAAAAACAAUCAGCUCAAAAUGGUUUGUGUUUUGUAAAA